AUGAAGUUUCCGGAAUCUUUGCACCCAAGCUCCGGGAAUUUGGGGCCCCCUGACGGGAAGUGUGAUUGCAGAAAGGACAUCGGAAGCGAUGCUGAGUGGCUUGACAUCAACUUGGGUCUAUUCUCCAAGGUGGCCAAUUACACAGACCUCAAGGAGCUGAACAUCAGCGGGCUGGCAGCUUUGGAAUCCCUGUCACCUGACCAGAAAGCGGAGCUGCUGUUGGAUCCAUCCACGGGUGCUAUUGAAAAUGUGACCGUGGUGAAGGAGGUGUUGAGCAGCAUCCUAAAAUCCCGAGAUGAGGAGCAGCUAGAGAAAUUCUUUGAAACGUUUGUGGAGGUCAGCAAGGAGGAAAACAUCACCUACAUCACCAAUGCAGGCGUUCGGGACGCAAUUCUGAACCUGACUUUGACGGCUCUGGCUCCCAAAUUCCCUCUCUUCCAAACCAGUGACUACGAGCUGUGGUUCCAAAUUAAUCUCGUGGUCCUGCUGGCCAGCUUCCGUCCUUCAGUUCUGGUGGUGAUCCCCGCCAACCUCACCUGUGACUCUUACGAUGCAGUAUUGAAAGGCCUGGAGAACGCUUUGGCAGUUCUCCCAUCUGGAAUUGGAGUGGAGUUGAAGUCAAGUAUAGGUGAACUUCGACAGUCAGCACCAGAAGGCUGCACGCCUCCUCGCCCUGUCGGUGUCUGCGAAGAAACAGUAGUGGACGAGGUGAGGCUGUGUGAAAGUGUCAACCGCGAUGGACUUGGGAGCCAGGUUCCUUCCUCGGAUCGGCUGUGCGACUUCGGCAUCUCUGAAUAUGCCUGCUCUUCGGUUGCAUCAUCUCUGUCCUCUGGCGACCUCGUCACGCUGCUGACUUGCAAGCAGCCGAACAGCACGACCGGCGCGGAGGCGUGGAAGCUUUUCUUCCAGAAAGUCGCGGGAGUCCUGGAGGUUGCUCUGUCAGCGUACUCCAGCACAAACCUCAGUGACCGUCAGCCUGAGCCCCACGUUCUCGAUGCCAUCGGAGAGGUCAAAGUCAACAACUUCAGCGCCACACAGCUGACGGAUGUCAGCUUCGUUGCCCACUGGUUCCAGGGAAGGCUGAGACCAUUCUUGCCAGCAGCCUCAACCUACCAAAUUGAAAGGCCUGGAGAACGCUUUGGCAAAGUUCUCCCAUCUGGAAUUGGAGUGGAGUUGAAGUCAAGUAUAGGUGAAUCCGACAGUCAGCACCAGGCUGCACGCCUCCUCGCCCUGUCGGUGUCUGAAGAAACAGUAGUGGAUGAGGUGAGGCUGUGUGAAAGUGUCAACCGCGAUGGACUUGGGAGCCAGGUUCCUUCCUGGGAUCGGCUGUGCGACUUCGGCAUCUCUGAAUAUGCCUGCUCUUCGGUUGCAUCAUCUCACCUUGGCGCCUAUCUCUGUGACUGGCAGCAGCCGAACAGAGCAACCUCCAGGACUCGUGGAAGCUUUUCUGGAGAAAGCUCGGGAGUCCUGGAGGUUGCUCUGUCAGCGUACUCCAGCACAAACUUGAGUGACCGAAGCCUGGCCCCACGUUCUCGAUGCAUCGGAGAGGUCAAACUCAACAACUUCAGCGCCACACAGCUACGGAUGUCAGCUUCGGUGCACUGGUUCCAGGGAAGACUGAGACCAUUCUUGCCAGCAGCCUCAAAAAAAACGAGUCCUGCCUUAGCUCCAAGAACUUCAGUUGGGAGGAACCAAGUUGUGUAA